CCAACACAAACACAAGAGAAGCAUUUACUUUCUACUCUUUAGUUCCAUAUAAACUUUUCUUUAGUAACCCUACAAACAUGGCAAUGUUUAAGAACAAACACAUGGUUUUCUCAAUGAUCUUGGUGUUUCUCAUUGUGGUAUCGCCAAUGGCUAAGGCUCAGCUUGGUCUUGGUGGUCUACUUGGUGGCUCUGGUGGCCUUGGUGGUCUUCUUGGUGGCUCUGGUGGUCUUGGUGGCUCGGGUGGCCUUGGUGGUCUUGUUGGUGGUAUUGUUGGUGGUCUUCUCAGUCUCGCCAAUAUCAACGGGGUUGUCUUUUGCUCUCUCAAUGGUGCUCUCAAUGGCACUUCUACUCCUGCUUUCGCUAAUGCAGGAGUUCAGCUCCAGUGCGGAAGGCAAAACAGAGUCCUUUCAACUGCGACCACGAACGCUGCCGGAUUAUUCUCGCUUCCUACAGACGCAGUUCAGAUGUUGCUUUCCACACUUCUCACUGAUUGUCGGGUCGUCGUCACGACCCCUCUCUCCACCUGUAACGCUGAACUCCCUUCUGUCGGCAGCCUCGUCUCACAGUUAACUAUGAUCGGAAGCAGCCUCUCCGGCCUCCUCAGAAUCGUCAAUAUCAUACCUGCCGGCUUCAAUCUCCUUAACUGAUGAUUCCAAACUAUAUAUUAUACAUACGUUCUUUAUGUUCGGUUGUGGUGUGUUUCCCUUCUGUUAUAUGUUUUGUGUGAUCAUGGCCAUUUUACGUUUCCUUGCGUAUGCAUGAAUAAGGUCUAUACUUAUGUCUCAAACUUCAAAAGUCUUCUGUUAUAAUUAGUGUUGUUUCCAGGUUCUUACAUGUAUAAUGCUUUUGUGAAAUUAUAUAUACAAUUUCCCUUUUCAGUAUGUA